AUGCCACGUACCAGGCCAAUACUCAGCUAUCUGAAGGGCGUGCAGCUACACAGGUUACCAAUACCACGGGGAAGGAGUCUGUCGUGCUCCCGACCAAAACACAACAAGGGAAAUUCCCUACCUGGUAGCACCGCCCUACUUGCACCUUCACGGGCCUCAAUGCCCCCACCCAGCUGCAGCUCAGAAGGAAGUCGUAGGAAACACAGUGAUUGUCCCUCCCACUCCACUCUGUCGGGAUCCAGCGCCGAUAUCAGAGCCCGCAGGAAAGUACACACAGUAAGGGGACGAAGUGGAGGCUUAGUAAAGAUUACAGAAGUGAUAAGAGAGUCACGAUUGAGAUGGUCCAUCCCCGGACCUGUAGCAGGCAUCGCCUGCCCAUCCCGGGACACCCGGCGGGCCUCGCCUGCCCGUCUAAGGACACCUGGCCAGCCUCACCAGCCCGUCCCGGGAUACCCGGCAGCCUCGCCCUCCCAUCCCAGGACACCCGUCGGGUCCCGGUACACCCCUUGCCCGCCUGUCCCGAUACACCCAGCAGGUCUCGGGACACCUGCCGGGUCCUGGUACACCCCUCACCCACCUGUCCCAGGACACCAGGCGGGCCCCCGGGACACACGGCGGGUCUCACCCGUCCGUCCCGGGACACCCGGCGGGCCUCGCCCGCCCAUCGCGGGACACCCGGCGGGCCUCGCCCGCCAGGCCCAGUACACGCAGCGGACCUCCCCCGCCCGUCCCGGGACACUGGCGGGCCUCACCCGCCCUCCCGUCCCGGGACACCUGGCGGGCCUCACCCGCCUGUCCUGGGACACCCGGCGGCAGCCCUCACCCGCCUAUCCUGGGACACGUAGCAGGUUUCGACCACCUGUCACGGGACACAUGGCGGGCCUCACCUGCACGUCCCGGACAAUUGGUGAGCCUCGCCCAGCCGUCACAGGAAACGUGGUGUGCCUCGCCCGCCCAUCCUGGGAAACUAUGGUGUGGGCCGGGACUCCCACCCGUCCUGGGACACGUGGCAGGCCUCGCCACCCGUCCUGGGACACGUGGCAGGCCUCGCCACCCGUCCUUGGACACGUGGUGGGCCUCACCAGCAUUUCCCGGAAAAAGUGGCGGGCCUCGCCCGCCCGUCUCGUGACACAUGGUGGGACUCGACUGCCCGGCCCGGGACACGUGGUGGGCCUCGCUCGCCCGUCACGGGACAUGUGGUGUGCCUUGCCCACCCAUCCUGGGACACGUGACGGGCCACACCCGCCCGUCCCGAGACACAUCCGGGGUCACGCCCUCCCGUCCCAGGACGCGUGGCGGGCAACACCCGCCUGUCCCGGGACACUUAGCAUGCCACACCAGACCGUCGCGGAACAAGUGGCGGGCAGCCCGCCCUUCCCGGGACAAGUGGCGGGUCUCACCCAGCUGUCACGGGACAAGUGGUGGGCCUUGCCCGCCCUUCCCGGGACAAGUGGCGGGUCUCGCCCGCCCAUCACGGGACAUGUAGCGGGCCUCGCCCACCCGUCCUGGGACACGUGGCGGGCCACACCCGCCUGUCCCAAGACACAUGGCGGGCCUCGCCCACCCGUCCCGGGACAUGUGGCAGGCCUCGCCCCCCCGUCCUGGGACAUGUGGCGGGCCUCACCAGCAUGUCCCAGGAAAACACUGAGUUCUAGGGUGAUUUGUAAGGUCAGAAUCGAUAUAAACUUAUAG